GGAGGAGUCAGCGUGGUGGGGAAGCUGCCCCGUGGGCGGGGGCAAGGAGGCCAGGGCUCCAGUCGGUCGGCUGGUCGGCUCCGGCUCUCCGGUCCGCUGGGCAGGAAGGAGAGGUGGCCCGACCCUUUGGGAGUCCCUCCCCUCAGCCUCCCCCCCUCACACACAUUACUUCCCUGGGCUCCGGCCCUUCUCUUGCUCAGCUCCGGCUCCUCAGCUGCCGAGGCCUCUGGACAAGGGACUGCACCAUCCUCCCUUCCCAGCAAGGGGGCUCCAGAGACUGCCCCAGCCAGGAAGUCUGGCGGCCUAGGCAUUCGGACAGUCCCUUGGUAAUGUCCAGGGCUCCGGGAAGAGAUGUCAUUGUGGCUGAAGGCCCCUGUGCCUGAUGUUUCUCCUGACUCUGCAGUGGAGCUGUGGGAGCCAGAUGCACAAGAUGCAAGUGGCCAGGAGCUGGGAGGCAGCAGCUGCAACCUCAGGGAGGAAGCCAGCAUGCCUCAAUCUACUGGGGGCACUUCGGGGGUGGGGCUGGAGGCAACAGAGCCCACAGCCCUGCUCCCCGGGGUGGAGGCCCCUCCAGAGUCCACAGAGCUCCGUCCACAAAAGCGGAAAAAGGGGCCAGCCCCCAAAAUGCUGGGGAACGAGCUGUGCAGUGUGUGUGGGGACAAGGCCUCCGGCUUCCACUACAACGUGCUGAGCUGCGAGGGCUGCAAAGGAUUCUUCCGCCGCAGUGUCAUCAAAGGGGCCCGCUACAUCUGCCACAGCGGGGGCCACUGCCCCAUGGACACCUACAUGCGUCGCAAGUGCCAGGAGUGUCGCCUUCGCAAAUGCCGCCAGGCCGGCAUGCGGGAGGAGUGUGUCCUGUCAGAAGAACAGAUCCGCCUGAAGAAACUGAAGCGGCAAGAGGAGGAACAGGCUCAGGCCACAUCGAUGCCCCCGAGGGUGCCCUCAGACCCCCAAGUCCUGCCCCAGCUCAGCCCAGAGCAACUGGGCAUGAUUGAGAAGCUGGUGGCUGCCCAGCAACAGUGUAACAGACGCUCCUUUUCUGACCAGCUUCGAGUCACGCCUUGGCCCAUGGCACCAGAUCCCCAGAGCCGGGAGGCCCGGCAGCAGCGCUUUGCCCACUUCACGGAGCUGGCCAUCGUCUCCGUGCAGGAGAUCGUCGAUUUCGCCAAACAGCUGCCUGGCUUCCUGCAGCUCAGCCGGGAAGACCAGAUCGCCCUGCUGAAGACCUCUGCGAUCGAGGUCAUGCUUCUGGAGACAUCCCGGAGGUACAACCCUGGGAGUGAGAGUAUCACCUUCCUCAAGGAUUUCAGUUAUAACCGGGAAGACUUCGCCAAAGCAGGGCUGCAGGUGGAGUUCAUCAACCCCAUCUUCGAGUUCUCCAGAGCCAUGAAUGAGCUGCAACUCAAUGAUGCUGAGUUUGCUUUGCUCAUUGCCAUCAGCAUCUUCUCUGCAGACCGGCCCAACGUGCAGGACCAGCUCCAGGUAGAGAGGCUGCAACACACAUAUGUGGAGGCCCUGCAUGCUUACGUCUCCAUCCACCACCCCCAUGACCGACUGAUGUUCCCACGGAUGCUUAUGAAACUGGUGAGCCUCCGGACACUGAGCAGCGUCCACUCAGAGCAAGUGUUUGCACUGCGCCUGCAGGACAAAAAGCUUCCACCACUGCUCUCUGAGAUCUGGGAUGUGAAUGAAUGACUGUUCUUCCCCCAUAUCUUCUGUUUUCUGGGCUGCAUGGCUGAGGCCCCAUGGCUGCCUCCUAGAGGAGGAGCAGACUGAGAAGGGCAAACAUUCCUGGGACCUGGGCAAAAGAGAUCCUCACAUGGCAUUAAAGGAGAGUCAAAGGGUUGGGAGUUUUGUGGCUGCUGGGCGGUGGGGGUCCUGCUAAAGCUGUGAUCCAUGCGGAGACUGUACUGACCCCACAAAACGGACGAACCUGGGGGCUACUUUGCACAAGGUUCUCCAGGGCCCUGCCCAUCCUGCCUCCACCACUUCCUAUUUUCCCCACAGGGCCGCAAGACAAAUUCUCUGCUGUCACUCUGCGGCUUGGCCAUACAUGCCUCAGGGCCGCCUCACUGAUAGGUCUGGCGCUGUUUGUGCAGGAAGACCAAAACGAAUACAGGAUAAGAAACAAUUUCUGGACUGGGGGUGAGGGCCGGGCAUUGAGGAGGGAAGCCUGCGUCCUUUCAAAUCCGCCUCCAGACUCAGAGGAGGGAGGCAAGUCAAAUGACAGCCUUGGCAGUGAGAGGGCACCUCCGUGAGGGUAAAUGGGAUGCUGAGGCUAGAUGCCCCCUCCCCCCUGAAUGAUCCGAGUGCGAUCGGGUUAUCUUUCUGUGGGGGAGUCGGUGUCGGGUUUUCAGAACUAAUGCCUCAGCCAUGCAAUUGUAUGCGUGCCUGCGUAUAAUGCCUUAGUUUUUCCAUUGGCAUCUGAAAAAGAGGCCCUUUUCCCGGCCCCCACUCCCUGUGGGACAGGAACAAAAGUCCCAUGAGGCUAGGUGGAGGGUGCCCUGACUCGGGUUUGGCCUCUCCAAUGGGCUGGACUCCAUUUCCCAGCGGGCACCGCGGUGCCACUCCCGCCCCCUUUCCUCGGAACGCUCCCUGUGUAGGUGAUACCGCGGCCGCACCUUCCGGCCUCGAGUCCCCCCGCUGCCCCUGAAUUGGUAGGCUCCACCGCCGGGGCGGCCGGCUUUCCAGCCCAGCCGGCUGGGCACUUCCAAAUCGCGUGCGGGGGGAGGGAGGUGCGAUGUCGGGGGACAGUCGGAAAGUCUCAGGGGCAGCUGAUCUUGAGAAGUCGCAUCCAGAUUAACCCACGUUUCGUC